AUGGCCCAGGAUACGAUGACUCUCCUGAAAUGGUUGGGAUGGGAGCAAGAUCGCUCCAUUCAUUUAUUUGGCGUCUCUCUUGGCGGAAUGAUAGCACAGGAAUUGUGUUUAAUCAUUCCCGAGAGGUUCAAAUCUACAAGGAGCUUCAGUGCAGUAUUCCAGACCUCUUCCAGGGUGGCGACUGGAGACCAAGCUCUGGAUUUAUAUCUCGAAUUAUUAUUUCCGGAUGGACACUUCGAACUGGAGACAGAAGAGGGCAAAAGAUAUAAGAGUAACCUACGCGAAAAACUCCGAAAUUGUCACCAUCUACCACGGGAGCAACCUUAUCUUGCGUUUGGGGGACACUUCUAUGCAGCCAUGAUGCAUCAUUGCUCUUAUGGAAAAUUAGAAAAGAUCGCGACUGAUCUUCAUCCAGCCAAGAUACUCGUCAUAACAGGCGAUAGCGAUGAGCUUGUUUUACCAAAGAGGUCACCCGAGCUUCAUGAACACCUACCUGGAUCUGAAUUGAUCGUGGUCAGAAAUGCGGGCCAUGCCUUACCUUAUCAAAUCUCUGAUGAAUUCAAUGCAAUAAUGGAUAGGGUAAUCAAAGAGGGAAACUUGGCUUUUUCCAAGCACUGA